AUUGAUCACCGAGCAGCUUGAAGGGAGUGAAAGGGACUGAAUAGCAACAUGACGCCCGAGGAUAUCAUCUCGCAUUUGAAUAUGGAGCGCUUGAAAAGGCUCAUCCGUCUAUAUCGCACCAGCGAGUGCCUAUGGAAUCCGCAGGAUCCGGGAUACCAUAGUAUUUCUGUGAAGGAGGACGCUUGGCGAAGGAUUACAAGAAGAAUGAAAAGCGGUUUGACUCCUGAUCAGGUAAAGCUACAGGUUCUUGGCCUCCGAAACUAUUAUUCCAAGGAAUGCGAAACCAUCCGUCAAAAUCAGCGAAAGGGUUAUAGUUACGUUCCCAGACACUCCUAUUUCGAGGAUCUGCAGUUUCUGUCUAACUUGGAUUUUAGGGAAACUCAGGAGUCCAAUUUAAACAUUGACCAAGUCAAGAGCCUGCUAGGGGAAUCUUUUGUCCUUGACGAUGGUACCACCAUAAAUCCCAGUUAUCCGCCCAAUUUUUCCGAGGCCACAAUCUGCGAUCGAGCAGUUUCUCUAAGUCCCUGUUCCAGUGUAAGCCAGAACGGGUAUACUUUUUACAAAAUGGUACUUGAACCAGAACCGCAGACAAAUCCGACGAAUGAAGACUUUAUUAGGAUCCUCACAGAAAGACCAACCUCUGGCACGGAGCGAUGGUAUCCCACGGAAUAUUGUGUCCAAUGCAACGAGGAUGAAGGUGAGGAUGCCUGCGCCCCCAGCGAGGGAAGAGGUAAUAGAGGAGGUAUAUUUUCCUUGGAGGGGGAGCAAAACAAUGGCAGCCGACCAAGGGCAACUAGUCGGUAUCAACACCAAGUUGAGUGUCCAUGUACACCACAAAAUCCUGAUCAGUCCCAAAACAUCCAAAGACGAACAGGAAACCAAAAUCGAAAUGUAGAUCCCUCGCGACUUCAAAAUCCUCCUCAAAACAAUCGAAGGGGAAAUGGGAAUCAAAAUCAGGAUCCGUGUCCAUGUUCAUCGCGAAAUAGCCACAAACGGACUUCAAGAGUUCAUCAAAACGACGAUAUCGUAGAUAUGGGGACCUUGGACUGUGAUGUGCCCACCAACCAUAGGGAAAUAGCCAACGAUGAUUGGCCUGGUCCCCGGAUGUGUGGUCAAAACCGCCCGAAAUUCCGACCAAGAUACCGAAAAGUAGUUCCUGAAGAAUGUGAAAAGCAGCCCAGAUGUCAAAGUUGGAAACGGAAUAACGAAGCCAUCUGCAAUCGACUCAAAGAACAGUUGGCGAGACAGGAACAGUUGGCGAAACAGGAACAGCAAAGCUGCUGCUGCAGGAAUGAAAGGGCGGAAUCUGGCGAGGAUCAGUUAAAUGUAAUGCUAUUGAAGAAAUCCCGGAAUAAUGGGAAACCUAUUGAUCCAGCGCGACUAGUCAACACUCAGCCAGCUGUGGAUCAAGGUUAUUACAAUUCCGGCCAGCCAACCUAUAAUAACAGCCAAAUGAACCAGGAUCCCCAACGAUGUAAUGUUCAGGGAUGUCAAUGCAUUAACUGCACUCGUUCAUGGGCACCUCCUCAGGCGAACUACUACCAACCACAGCAAUACGAUCACAAUGCCACAAACUACCCACAAUCAGUUCCCCAACCAAUCCAAGGGCAAGCCUAUGUAGAAGUGGAUUAUUGCACUGGGUGCGCACGAUGUGAAUAUCCUUCUCAACCAGCUGUUUACUGCAUCAAUAAUAAUAGUCCGGAUAUGUGGGUACCGGCUCAAUCCAUGGCUGCGGCUCCAAAUCCCGCUCAAAUGUCCAUGGUACCGCCCAUGGUUGCUUAUCAGUCGGGAGUAGAUGAUCAGCGUAAUGAACGAUCAAAAAAAUGGAAUAACCAAAGCUAUGGCAGAACGUCUGAUAUCGAUAUUGAGUCAGUUGAUAGCCGGGAAAAUUCUCGAAGACAAAGGAGUAAUAAUCAGAAACCAAAGCGCCGUCAAUCUUCUGACCGAGAAGACUAUGAUGAAAAUCCUUCGCAAAGAACACGUCAGAUGAAAUGCGACGAUGCAUGGUGUCCUGCAAAUAGGCGCAAUCAAAAUAAGACGCGUUUAUUCCAAAGGAAAUCUCGCCGCGAUGACAGCGUAAAUAGUAAUCAAAUUUCCAACUACGAAGAUCGUCCUUCUUCAAAGCAAGGAAAGAGUCCUACGCGAAGCCCAAAAACUGGAAAAGUGUUUCAACUCCAAACGGACGAUUCCCAACACAUGCCUUGCCCAGCAUUUGAUCAUCGAGAUCCCAAGGAAUGCCCGUAUUCCAAGUGCAAGCCACAGGAACCUAAACCUGAAAAACGGGAAGGCAGAACCGGGAGGAGAUCAGAUUCGUCUUUCAGUAAACCCGAAUAUUUGGAUGAGGAAAAGCCAAGAUCGCAAAGACGAGAUAGAAGUUCUCGGGAAGAUAAUGCCUAUAGAGAACGGAAACCUAGUCCUAAGGCAAGAUCAAGAACUCAGGAAAAGGAAAAUGCUACCAAACCAAGGAAAAAUUCGGAAGAAGAAUCUCCCAAGUCAAAAAGACGAAACGAAGAAUUUUGCUACGACGAAACCUGCCCUUUUUCAAAUUCCUCACCUAGAAAAGUCAGAGAUCUUUCCGAAAGACCAACUCGAAAUAGUGCGGAAAAGAGAAGCUCAGGCAAUAAACCAGUUCAGAGUCAGAACUUCCAAAGAAAUAAUAAUGGCUGCAAUGAUAACACGUGCCCAUAUGUUAAUUCCUUUGAAGACCAUUUAAUCGCGAAUGAAAGGGCAAGAAAUCAACGUGGUUCAUUUUCUAAACAGGAAAACCGAAGUUCAGGAAAAGCGAGAUACGAUGGACCUUUCGAUGAUGACUUUGACUCAGAUGAAAAUGGAUAUAGAACCAAAGGAUAUAGAAAUGAUAAUCGUGGGUAUGAUAAAUAUCAUGAAGAGCAUACGGAAAACCACAACAAAUAUUCGAGAAGGGAUGAAAGAAAUUCACUGAGAAAUAGUAAUGAAAGAUAUCAGCGAGAAUAUCGUCAAGAAAAUUCAUAUGGAAAUGAUAAAGACAUAGAAGAUGACUGUAUAUGCGAGGACUGUGACUCCGAAGACUAUGAUGUCGAUAAAACGAAUCCCGUGAGAGAUACCCUUGAAUAUGAAAAAUCUAAGAAAGGCAGCCAAAAUACGAACGAUAAUGAAAUCGAUGAUAAAGAGUAUCCUAAGUCGGACAACAAAAAUAGUUAUGAAAGACAAAAUAAAGGCAACUACGAUUCGGAAAAGAAGUUUUCUCGCACCAGAGGCACUGACGUUUACCAGUCAGAAGUUGAGUGUUUGUGCAGCGAUGAUGAAACAAAAGACAAGCAAAAUAUUAAAAACAAUCAAAAGGCCAGAAACGAUAAAAAUGUCCCUUACAAAAACAAAGAUGACGGCCAAGAAAGAACCAGAGGGACUGAAAACGAUGGAGACGACUGCGACUGUGAUUACUAUGACAACGAUUAUGAAGAAUACGAUAACAGAAAUGCCAACAGGGACGAAGCUUCUUCGUCAAAUAGAGGCAGGAAAGACAAACAAAAUCUUGAUGCUUCUGGAAAAGACGUAAACGACGACUGUGAUCCUGAUGAAUACGAAAAUACGAAAUUCGAAAAGAGGAGCCCCAAUCAAAAAGACGAAGAAGAGAAUUGCAUGUGCGUGGAACCCAUGAUAACUGUGCCGCAGAAACGAAACCAAGCUGGUACUGUAUGCAUGGCUCUUAACGCUUUAGUGGAAGAUGCUCUCCAGAAAGCUAAGAUUCCGAUAGCUGAAACUAAGGUAUCUAUGGAAUCAAAGGAUGUUAAAGCUAAGACUCGUGAAGGAACCACGGGUGAUAACCAAAAGCAUUCAGUCAAGAAGAAUUCUGCCCCGAAGACCGGUAAAUCCUCUAGGGUGCAGUCGAGAUCAAAUAGUCCGCUCCGCCACUCGGGAACUGCCAAGACGCAGCCCGGAGAGACGACAAAGAGACGAACUGCGGCGAGAUCUGGAGGACAAUCCUGUUCGAAUGGACGACGUCCCUCCCAAAUUGCCGCUAAGAGAAAUAUGGACACUAAUGCAGCUGCCAACAGCAAGUUGCCUUUUGAUCUAAACUCGGCCGCGUAUUUUAUUUGCAAAUUACAGGACGAAGGUAACAACCAACGUUACCUCCUUGUGGUGCCGAAGAAGCCGGUUGGAGAACCCGAUGGCCACCGGACAGGCCCAGGACAGGGGUCUGUGAAGCAGCUGCACUGCCCGCGGCAGUGCUCCGGCUUUCAGAACGUGUCCUGGGUCGGUUCGCCGACCUCCAGUCAACCGCAUCUAUCCCAGCAAUCCCAGCCGGAGGAGGGCCUUUCCGUACUGGGAUCCUUCAGAGUUCCACCCAUCCUGGCGAGCACCGCGCUGGGCAUCAUCAAGGACCACCUGCACAGGAGGAUCUUGCAGCAGGACCAGUAUGUUAGGGAUGAGGUGCCUCCUCCUCGAAAGAUGAGGCGCACUUUUCUCUCCAGGCCGAUAUCCUCGCGGCCAAGGAGACCCGUCCUUCGGCCUUCCCACAAAUCUAACGCUCCGAUCCUGGACGAGAAUAGGACCCUUUUGCUAACCAACAAUCCCUUUCGAAAUUUAUUGUACGACAACGACAAGCCCGAGGUGAUAGUCCUGCAUCCGCCGGUCCCUGACUUUAGGCCCUCAAAGAACUCCCUCAGCAAGGACGAAGUGGAGGUGCAGCACAUCACGGUUCGAAGCGAGGACCACAUUGCGAUACCAACGCCACCCAAGCCUCCUGCAAAACCCCAGCGAAAUGUCCUUCGGUGAUCAAUCCCUAGCUGUAAUGUCCUCACACACACUUAACGGCCAUCCUGGCCAUCGAAUGAUAUAAAGAACAGCACCCAACCGAA